AUGCCCUCCAACCACUCAUCCAAAGGCGUCGAGCUCCUCGCCAUUCCAGGUGCCAUCGCCACCCAGGAGUAUGACGGCGAUACCGUUGUUCUCGCUUCUGGCAAGUUGCAGGCACUCCUCGUCAGCAUCGAGCUGCACGAGGAUGCUGCUUCUGCUGCUGCUUCAAGCAAGGAAAAGCAGCCCGAUUACUCGACCGACCUCUGGCUCGUGCUCUCCAUUGGGGACGACUUCUCCCUUCCCGUAGCAGCUACUCAGACCAUUAUCCCACAGGGCGACACCUCCAAGCGUGCCUACAUCUUCCCCUCGCUCGAGCUCGAAGGUGCUUCCAUCAAGAUUGCGCUUCCCGCCACAACCAACGUGGCCGACGUCACCCGCUUUCACCAGAUCCUUUCACAGUAUGCUGCCUACCAGGACCAAGACCGUUCGGAUGCCGGCACCAUGGAACUUAUGGACGAGGACGGCAAGGUGCUCGGCGUCGUGCAAGGCUUCACUGUCCACGAAUCCGACGCCAUGUCCGACUCCGGCAACGAAAAGGCACCCGUACUCAUCGACCUUCCUCCCGAACCCACCAGCGAGAGUGAAAAGCAGAACCUCGAGGUCGAUGUGCUCUCCGCCGAAGAAAAACGCGACUGGUUGAUUCGAGGUGCUGACACCAUCUCACGCACCAUCAUCAAAGCUUCCGAGUUUGUCGGUGAUAGGAUCACCGGAGCUGCCGACUCGUACAUGGCCAAACGUCCCCCUGCUGGCUCUUCGGGAACCUCGACACCCAACAACGAGAAAACAGAUGCAGGUCGCGACCCGGUCAAGAUCGGGCACAAGACGCACGCUGGCGUCCGUACACUGCACGGUUGGUCGGGGUCUGCGGUGCAAGUCUCAUCCAAGACUACCGGUGCCAUCCUGCGCGUAGCCGGAAAUGUCGGCGACAAGAUCGGCAAAACCACAGGCAUCCAACGCAAAGUCAAUCCGGACGGCACUGCCGGUCCCGCACCUACCGGUAUCCGAGGCUUCGUCAACCGCAGCCUCAUCGCCGCCAACACGGUGCUCGACGGCAUCGACGCCGGCGCACAGACGCUCCUCUACACCAGCGGCCAGGCUGCUUCCAACGUCGUCGGUCACAAGUACGGCGACGACGCGCGUGAGCUCGCCGAGGGCAUCGGAGGUGCGGGCAAGAAUGUGUUUAUCGUAUACAAAGAUGUCCGCGGCAUCCGCAGAUCUGCCCUCUUGAAGGCAGCCAGGUCGAGGGUCAUGAAGGCCAAGCUGGACGAUGGUAGAGAGGUCACCAUCAAGGUCGACGAGAAGGGCCAGGCUGUUGCCUCGUCCGUUUCUGCUCCGGCUAAAACCGCUUCAGAAAAGUCUUCCUCCAACCCGCCUCCUUAUUAA